AUGUCAUGGCCAUUGAUUGAUAAAGGAUUCUUUUUUAUAUUAUGCUCUCUUAGGUCGAAGCAGUGGGUUCAGGCCUGCGAGCGCAAUGAUCUUUUGGAAAAGACACCUAUCGAGCUUUUCAAUAGCUACAGGGUGUGUGCAAAGCACUUUAGCGAUUCGAUGUUUCUGAAUGAUUUGAGAAAUAGACUGCAGCCCAAUUCUGUUCCGAUGCAGGUAGAUUGGCAAGAGGAUUCCAACGAUUCGAUUGACAGUGAGAAGAAGAAGGACGAGUUUUUAGAGGCUCAGGAUCCUAUUGCAAAAAUUUUGAGCAACUGUAUAUUGCAGAAAAUAUCUGCGGAUGAAUUUUUUAAAGCGACGGGCAUUUGUAUACAGGAACCCGUGUCUACCGUCAAAGCAACCAAAGAUUAUGUACAAAGCUCAAAUUUAUCCGACCAUAUUUAUUCGAGUACCAAGACUGUGACUAAUAAUGUGAUUAAUAUUGGCGAUAAUACAAUGACAAUUGAUAUGGAUAAUGAUAAUACAAAUAGUUUCUCUAUCGAAGCUCUGAGUUACGAGGAUCUUACGGAUACUCUGCCUACGUCUAUGAUCAAUGCACCAGAUAUUGAAUUAUCUGCCAUUGAUAUAAGCGAAUUGUCGUUUAUGAAUGCCGAUGACAAGACUCUGUGUAUAAAUAAGAUACCCGAGAGUAUUUUGGAAGGAGACGAUGAAUCGUCAAUAAUGAAUAAUACAUCAAAUACGGUUAGAACAAUAGAGGCGACGACACAAACAGAUACAAAAAUCUUCAAAGAUAAAUUAGAAGUCAAUCAAAUUAAGUCCCAAUCGCCGGAUGAUAAAGUGGAAAAAAUUAUCCAAACAGAAAUUAAUUUUAUAGAAAAUAAAUUAGAUGAAACUACUCAAACUGAAUUUAGCUUUUUAAAAUAUAAAUUAAAUAAAAGAAGAUUAAAAAAAGUUUUGCAAAAACGUUAA